AAAAAAAAAAAAAACCUUUGUUUUCAUUGACCUUUUUAGUGCUUACGGGUAGAGUGGCCAAAAUCCUCUUUCAGUCUCGGAAUCUUUCCCCUCUGCCACUUCUAUAUUCUCAGUUGAAGGUGGUUGGUUAUGGAUUCUCAGCUUCUACGACUUAACCCACCCAACAAUCUUUCUAUUAAACCAUUACACUCCCCCCAUUUUCCUUCCUUCGCCGCCCCUAGUUUCAUCCGUCUUUCCUCACUUUCUUUUCCUUCAGCUACAGUCACAGGAUCGGUUUGUAAGAGAAUAAGGUGUGCAAUGAAGUCUUAUAAGUUAUCAGAACUUAGUCAUGUUGAGGUAGAGAGCUUGAAGGCUCGUCCUCGCAUAGAUUUUUCUUCCAUAUUCAGUGUGAUCCAACCAAUAGUGGAUGAUGUCCGCAGCAGAGGCGAUGCUGCAGUUAGAGUUUAUACUGAAAAGUUCGAUAAAGUUAAGCUAGAGAAAAUAGUUGAGAAUGCCUCAGAGCUUCCUUAUCCAGAGCUUGACCCAACUAUUAAAGAGGCAUUUGACGUGGCAUAUGACAAUAUAUAUGCAUUUCAUCUUGCUCAAAAGUCGGUGGAGAAAAGUGUUGAAAAUAUGAAAGGUGUUAGAUGCAAAAGGGUUGCUAGGAGUAUUGGUUCUGUUGGUCUUUAUGUACCAGGGGGAACUGCUGUCCUGCCUUCAACUGCUCUAAUGCUUUCUGUUCCUGCACAGAUCGCUGGAUGUAAAACUGUUGUUCUUGCAACUCCCCCAGGCCAAGAUGGCAACAUAUGCAAGGAAGUGCUCUAUUGUGCCAAGAAGGCCGGUGUAACUCACAUACUUAAAGCUGGUGGAGCUCAGGCCAUUUCUGCUAUGGCCUGGGGCACAGAAUCUUGCCCAAAGGUUGAGAAAAUUUUUGGACCUGGAAAUCAGUAUGUAACAGCUGCAAAAAUGAUACUCCAAAAUAGUGAGGCUAUGAUUUCAAUUGACAUGCCUGCUGGCCCUUCAGAAGUUUUGGUUAUUGCUGACAAACUUGCCAGUCCUGUACAUAUAGCUGCAGAUUUGCUAUCCCAGGCUGAGCAUGGACCUGAUAGCCAGGUUGUUCUUGUAAUAGCUGGUGAGGGUGUGGAUCUUAAAGCUAUUGAGGAGGAAAUUAGUAAACAGUGCAAUAGCCUUCCAAGGGGAGAUUUUGCUUCAAAAGCACUAAGCCAUAGUUUCACUGUUUUUGCUCGUGAUAUGGUUGAGGCAAUCUCCUUCUCAAAUUUAUACGCGCCAGAGCACCUGAUCAUAAAUGUGAAGGAUGCGGAGAAGUGGGAGGGUUUUGUUGAGAAUGCUGGUUCCGUGUUCCUAGGGCAGUGGACACCAGAGAGCGUGGGAGACUAUGCAAGUGGGACCAAUCAUGUUCUUCCCACAUAUGGCUAUGCGAGGAUGUAUGGUGGGGUGUCUCUUGACUCUUUCCUGAAGUACAUGACUGUUCAAUCUUUGACAGAGGAAGGCCUGAGAAACCUUGGCCCAUAUGUGGCCACCAUGGCUGAAGUUGAGGGGCUUGAUGCUCACAAACGUGCCGUGACUCUCAGACUUCAAGAUAUUGAAGCCAAGCAUUCUUCAAGUGUAAGAUGAUACGCGUCAAAUCAGAUUGGAUGCUAUUUUACCUUGUCUGACAGAGCAAAAAUUUGCCUUCUAAAUAUUGUACUGUAACAUAUAAUCCCCUUGAACUGCCGUGCAUGCAGGCGGUCUAGAGACUUGGGUUUAGUCUAUUUUUCCAUCUCAUUGGAUAAUACCAAAUAAACUCAUGAAUGGAUAUCAGCUUUUGGAGAUA